UAUAAGGUAUAUAUUCCAUACUCUUGAAUCUCCCAGAGUGAUCAUGAGCGUGCCAAGUAAGAGUUCGAUCGAAACUCAACGCGAAAAACGAGAGUCGGAUCAAAACACAAAGGCAUCGCAUGUACGUUACCUGAUUGUGAUCUUGUACGUGUCGAUCUCUGCUAGGUACGUUCGUCCCGUCUCCGGCCCUUUAAAUACGGUGCACGUACGACUGCCCUGAACCAAACCGAUCGAUCCAGGCUUUUACGAUCGCACAAAGAUCGACACACGCGAUUUCGACGAGAGAAGAGGCCGAGCAAGCAGGAACCAUGGCUGCGACGGCGGCGGACGCAAGCAGCAGCAGUAGCAUUAGCGAGGCCGUGGUGGGCGAGAAGAGCAACAAGAUGAUCACGCUGAUCAGCUGCGACGGCGAGAGCUUCGAAGUCACGGAGGAGGCGGCGAAGAUGUCGGUGACCAUCAAGCACAUGAUCGAGGACGGGUGCGUCGAUGUUAGACUAUUCGACGACGGGAUCCCCCUCCCCAACGUCCGCGCCAAGAUCCUCUCCAUGGUCAUCGAGUACUGCAGCAAGCAUGCGGCCAACGACGACGACACCAACAAGCACGUCACAGACCCCGCCGACACCGACGAGGACGGCGACAAUAACAACAACAACGCCAGCGCCGGCGAGAAGGAGAACCUGAAGAGCUUCGACGCCAGCUUGGUCGCCAUUGACCAGGCCACGGUGUUCGACCUCAUCCUCGCCGCCAACUUUCUGAGCAUCAAGGGGCUCCUGGACCUCGCCUGCCAGAAGGUGGCCGACGACAUCAAGGACAAGUCGGUUGAGGAGGUGCGCGAGAUUUUCAAAAUCGAAAACGACUUCACCAAGGAAGAGGAGGAGGCCGUCAGAAAGGACAACGCCUGGGCCUUCAACGAGUAG